AUGUCAGAAAUCGCCGAAUCAGGACAUGCCAAUACUGAGAGGACCUCGGAUCUGAGAAAUCAUGGCUGUAGCCAGUCCAACGACGAGCAAGCUCUCGCUACAGAGCAGACGACCCAUGACAUGUGUCAAGAACGGAGCUCCGUCAAAUAUGCUCAACAGCUUACGGGGGGACCUGGCCGUAUGGAAUCGAAUUAUGUGCCUUUCUAUCUACGCCGAAAGACUUUGUUGGCUUUCACAGUACUCUUUGUUGCUUUCAUAGUGACUCUGGAGGCCAUCCUCGCAAUCUCUAAUGCACGCCACGGCUUCAGUCAAAGCGGUCCAGUGUUACGUUAUGUUAUGAGUUAUGGCACAACCGGUAUCCUGACGGCGGCCAUGGCUUACUGGGGCCGUGUUGAAUACAGCAUCCUCAGAAUUAUACCAUGGCUACAAUCACAACCAAUCAUCGACAAUAAAGAUGCACUGGCUCUCGACUACCUAGAUAUGUGGAGAAUUAUGAUUCCAUUUCAAGCUAUUCGAAAUGGCCAUCACCGGGCAGCGGCCGCUGAAACCGUUUCACUGCUUCUAAACAUCCUUAUUGUGCUCUCUACAGGAUUAUUCGUGACGGAAAACGUCAAAAUUCCCUCCAAUCCAGAAAGCCUGUUGUUGCAGACGCACUUUUCCGAUGACCCAACUCGCUUACAAGAUGUGUCGUCCAUCCCGAAUGAUAUCGUCCAAGCAUUUGUGAUGGACAUCCAAAGUUCUUCCGACUUGUCCAAAUCAAAUAUCACUCGCUUAAACGGUCUUUCAGAUGAUAUCGUGUACCAAUCAUUCACAACGACCCGAGCAGGUGCACAAGAAGUAAACGUCUCUGUCGAUGGAAUUCUGGCUAGCCUCGACUGCCAGCAAGCUGCAGUUCAAGGGUUUAACAAUCUUGAGCUGACGAGUCAUUCCGACUAUUCUGGGGGUUGGAAUGUAAACUUUCAAGAGAUGACGAUCCAGUUCGAGGAUUGCCAAAAGACUUUAAACGUUCUUUUUUCUAUAGGCCAGCCACUACCUUACUGGAACGAAUCAUCGUCUUAUUUUCAGAUGCAGUCAGUGGUCGACGGCUUUGAUCUUGAAACAUGCAACUCCACGAGCCUCGAUGCCAGACGGCUUCUAAUCAUAUCUGGAACCAUGGAUUACGCGUUCAUUUCGAAUCAAACAACAGAAUUGCCGGGAAACCGGUCGGAAACAAUCACGACAUAUACUACCACCGACACGGGAACCAUCGUAUUGGUAUGUAAGCCAACAUAUGAACUUACUCAAGUUGAUGUUGUCCGGGCCGCGACUGGGACAACAAAAGUAUCUCGCCACGACGAUGCCCCUUCCAGAGUGCUAGAUCACGUUAAUCCAUGGGAUAUCUUGAAUUCCUCUCUAAAAUCACUCGAGCUGGCACAUGGUGGCUCCAUGACCCAGGACUUGGGCACAAAAACAUCGGUAAUACUUGGUCUAUUCUUGGACACCGAUUGCUCAGGGUCUUGCAUCAUUCCACCAUCCGUACAGAACGCGACAAUCUUGGGGGAUAUAUUUACAAGGUAUUAUAAGACACACCUCGCAGCUGUCAUCUAUAACUCCCUAAUGGAUCAGAGAAACAUAACCACGGAGGGAACAUCUAGGAGAAACGAGGAACGCAUGAUCGUUCGAUCAUUCUCAAGUCAAUUGAUGACGGCACUUUUGGCAUCUUGCAUAAUGCUCAGUCUCGGCUUGGUGAUUACGCCCAUCAAAGGACUUUCCCUGUCUGUUGACCCGGGCCCCAUCAUCUCAAUCCCACUCCUGGCGACGAAGGAUUCCGCACUGAAGUUUUCGAAGGACCUUGGGUCAGUCAGCAUGAGAAGUAUGAUAAGAUCGCUUCACGACGACAGGUAUACAGACAAAAGAUUCGCCAUUCGCGAGAAGCUUCUUCCAUUGAAGAAAUCCCAGCGCCAUGACGAAAAUGCUGCAAGUCGGCGAAUGGAUUGUCAAACCCCACGUGUUCUACGGCCGACUUAUCGAGUCACGCUUCUCAUUGCAUUAGCCAUUUUUAUUGGUGGGCUCGAGCUGACUCUUCGGAGAUCGAACGCCAAUAACGCGCAAGGCCUAGGACCUGCACGUGGAGAAUACAUAUACCUACAUUAUGCUUGGACUGCAUUUCCAGCAGUUCUUCUGGCGUUGCUAUCCACCUGGAUUACCUCUAUAGAUUCUCAAAUUCGUACCUGGGCUCCUUAUGUGUUGCUUGGCCAGAAUGCCCAGGAUAUGUCGGUAUUAUCUUUAGAUCUUCAACGAAGAGUGACCCUGGCCGCAUUGUAUUGCGAGUUUAGGGUACAGAACUUUGCUGCCUUGGCAGCUACGACCAGUGCUCUAUUGGGGUCACUCUUCACCGUUGCAACGGCGUCACUAUUCCGGGUAGCCACUGUCAUGCCCUCGGCGGUGGCGGAGCUACGGACUACCCAUACUCUCGUUGAAAACCCUUAUUUAAUCACCGAACAUGUAGCAUUCGAUUCUGGCCCGGCGACUCCACUUAUCCUCGAAAGCAAUUUUACGUAUCAGAGUCACGUCUUUGAAAAUCUGGUGUUUCCCGCAUUUUCACUUGAAGGAAUCGAAAACUUCAACAUUUCGCAAUCAUCAAAUACAUCCACCAUAAAGAUCAAUGCUACGGUUCCGGCUCUCAGACCAGGCCUAUCAUGCCGACAAGCCCCCGAUGACACCUUGCCAUUGUUAUACAACAUGUUCACCGACUCUUCACGGUAUGCUAGUUCCUCGCAUUGGCCUGAGAAUCAACCAUGCUUCCAAGAGACGAGACAGAGAGACGCCAAUCCCGUUGGCAACGGCCCUGUUAGAAGCUACUUUGGCGCUUCAUCAAGAAAAGAGUCAUCUUGUUUCCCAGAUCACCUCGAACAUGAUGUGAUGUUUGCUUGGGGAGCCUCAUUAACAUCAUCUGGAGAACCACCAAAUCGGACAGGCUGGGCUAUAGCCUGCAAUGGUACAGUCGCGUCAGUUGAUGUCCUGAUCAACCUUCUGGGUCCAGAUCUGUCCUUGGACGAAGCGAAUCCACCCAAGCCAAUCGAAUCAACUGUUCGAUAUAUUCCUCGUCCUGAUUGGGCUCUCCCGAACAAUAACACCAGAGCACUCGGCAGCUUAUUUCGCAUGUGGACGCAAACCAGUUCUGACUCACUCUCGUCACUCUUACCGUCAAACAAUACGUUUAUGGACACAUUUUUCCAACAACUUAUCACCUCACGAUAUGCCAUCCCGGUUGAGUAUUUGGCCGACGCCUCUCAAGUGGAAAAUGUGGAGAAGGCUAUAAGCUUUCAGUACAGUGUCAUCUCAGCCCGGCAUAUAAGCGAGACUUACCGAGUUAGCAUUGCAUACGAAAACGGUACAAAUAAUCCAAAUACCACACUGAUUCCGGCUCUGUCUGGAACUAGCGACAAUCAAAACGACACGGGCAUUUACACAGCUAUAGCGACGGACCUACCCGGCUCUGACUUCGUCUUCCAGGAUACCAAUGCCACUCGAAUCCUACAGGCUUUACUGGCGGCCACGCUGGUGCUGACGCUGUUGAGCUGGUUACUAGGUGCAUACGAACCAGUACUACCGCGACCUCCGACAAGUGUCGCGAGCGUUCUUGCGCUGCUGGCAGGCGGCGAUGUGCUGGAGCACAUGUACAGGGACGGCCUGGGCGACUGCGAGACGCUGGAGGAAGCGAAAUCGCGCUUUUCUGACGACUUAAGGUUCCGUCUGGGCUGGGGCCUGGGCGAGAAUGAUGAGCCUGGCGCUCCAGAGCGUUUUGGUAUUUGGAUUGUUCGUCGCACGCCAUUUGAUAUAGAUUGUGAUGAUACUUCCUUGGACGGCGAAGUCAUUUGA